AUGUCGCGCGCGUUGGCGACUGUCCAACGUUCUGAAGUUAGCUGUAAGGUCCGUGUCCCACUGAGCACAUACACUCAACUGCAAUACGACCCUCGGAUAGCAUUUGGGAAUGCUCGCUCUGUCCGACCCAUACUUAUGGCGGUACCGAAGAGGCUCUCCACGUGGCGCCCAACUACGGAGCGUUCGGAUGCACCUCAGAAGUCGGCGCCCGUGGUGCUCGAAACUGCGCUUGCCCGAUAUGAUCCCGAGUGCACGGUGGCCGAGUGCACGGACAUGCAUCUAGAAGGUCAGAAGGCUGGAAAGACUCCGGGCGCAGGUACAUACCUGCUGCCCGCUCCGCCGCGCGACGCGCCCCACGACUACUACCCUAUGUCUUCCGGUGCACUCGCAGAUGCGGACGUCGUCCUCAAGGCUGGGUUCAUAUCAAAUUGCUCCCUGAUCGCGGCGUGUGCGAUCUACGCAUAUGACCGCUGCCUCACACUCUGGCGGGAGGUCAACUUGAUAUGGACUCGCAAGAAGAUGUCGGUGGCGACCGGCCUCUAUUUCCUUAUGCAUGUAUCCUUGGUGUUCUUCCUGGCCUUUGAGGUGGCUUACACGACGAUCAAGACCUGCGAUAGACUUUGGGUCGUAUAUGUCUGGCGAGUCACUUGCGCCAUGCUUUUCCACGUGUUCUAUGGCGCCUUUACUGCAUUGCGUGCCUAUGCAAUCGGCUAUCGUUCGCUGUUGCUUGGAUGGGCAACAUUCCUGUGGUCUCUCGUAGUUGUGGCAACUGAAAUCUACGAACUCAUUGUAUCAGUCCCCGUCAACGUACCACAACCUAUUGGCUGCGUCAUUACUACCAGAGGCAAUGAGAAGUUUCUGAGUUCAUUAUUCCUCGCCGGGCAGGCCACCGCCAUUAUUCCUGAGAUACUCGUGAUCGGCGCGAUCUGGUGCCAUGCCUAUCGGGCGGCCUCCGUGAAGCAUCUUCAUCAACUUGCUGGGCUCAACACUCCAUUCACGACAAUCCUCAUCAGAGAUGGCAGUGUGUAUUUUGUGGCGAGUCUCGCUAUCAUAGUCCUCAACGUCGUAUGGAGCUCUGUCACUUCGGUCAACACCGGAAUCCUGGCACCUAUCGUAUACUCGCUUCAGACUAUCCUGAUCUCGCAAUUCUACCUCAACUUACACGAUGCGCACGCGUAUCACUCGGAGACACCAGAACUAUCCGACCUCCAUUUCAAUACGCGCUUGCUAGGAACCCUCGCAGGGUCACUCACAUAUAACGAGAAAGACGGCUUCGUCCUGGCAGCCUCGGACGAUGAUUCGGACCUCCGAUGGGACAGCCGGCUGGACGGAGGGAAGGACUCAAAUGUCGAGAUGUCGGUCAUGGAAAAAGGAAACCCUACAGACAGGUCACGGUCGCGGAGUACGACGUGGGGAUCAUCCGUCGGUAGCCAUACUUUCGCGGAUGACAUAUCGGAGAUAAAGGUUGAUUAG